AUGCCGCGAACACGACCACGCAAGAAAAAGUCAAAGCAACAACAAGUUAUACGACCAAAUCAUAAAUUACCACCAGAGCUCAUCACUGAAAUAUUUGAAUGUCUUUGGGGAGGAACUUUAGACGACCUACCAUAUGAUUCUGAAAUACCCAAUGCAAUCGAUGACCAUUUCUCUCGAGAAAGGUCUGACCUUCUUAAUGUUUCAAUGGUUUGCUCUGUAUGGCGGCAAAUAGCAAUACCAAGAAUUUGGCAAAAGGUAAAGUUUCAACUUGAUGUUGAACGAGAUUGGGAGAGUUUAUUUCAAUGGCUUAUUGAAGAGAAUUAUGGUAUAUAUGUUAGACAAAUUCACAUUGAGUAUGAUUAUGACCCUAAACAAAAUGAAACUGCAAUUUCUUUAGCAGAGAAAUUGGAUGGUAUUGUAGCAUUUUCUAGAACUGUUUCAAGUAUGCACACUAUUGCAAUAAGGUUCAAUUCGGCUACUUCUGAUCAUAUUACCGAAGAUCUUCCACCAGUAAUGGAUAAAUUCUUCUUUGAAAUAUCUGAAUAUUGUAGAUCUGUUCGGCGUGUUAAAAUUCAUACUUCUAGUUUACGUGGCCCAAAUAAAGAUGAUACACUUUAUUUACCUUCAGUUAGUAAUAUUAUGUCUAUGGUAACUGACACCGUAAAAGAGGUUGAUUUGAUGAUGCAUGUAGCAAAUCAAGAAACAAUUGGAGCCCUUCGUGAUUGCAAAAGGGUGGAUCGUGCCUUAGUUCAUUGUUGUAGUUGGGGUGAAACUCCUGGAGAUUUUUACUCAAUAUUAAAGUCCUGGAAGCAUUUAAAAAAUUUACAAAUUGAACCUCCUCAUAAUGUAGAUAAAAAUUGGGAAAAAACUUAUAAAAAAUCUCUUCGAUAUCUUUCAGAAAAUUGUGGGGAACAAUUAGAAGAGUUAUGGAUGCCUUUGAGGGAAGAAGAUCAAAAUUUAUUUUGUAAUUUAGUCGAACAUACUCCUAAUCUGAAAGUUUUAGCUUUGGAAGGGAGAGAAUUCGUCAACGAUGGACAAUUCCUAGAUGCGAUAGCUAGAACUACACCAAAUCUAAAUUACAUGCAUUUAUCAUAUUUUCCUGCUGUUACUGGCAAAGAUGUUAGAAUUGUUAAUUGGGGUCAAUUGUUGGAUGUUAACAUAAUGGGUUGUGAUUCAUUAGAAAAGGAGACAAGAUUUUUCGAUCGACAAAAAUUUUCUUUAAACGGGAAUUCUCUAGAAUCUUUGCUUAUUUCUGUUUGUACUGUUUACUUUUAUGAAGCUCGAGCAAUACUACUUAGUCGACUUAAACAACAUGAUCAGGCCUUAAAUAUUUAUGUACACAAAUUACAAAAUGAGAAGAUGGCAGAAGAUUAUUGUGUAAAGUAUCAUAAAGAAUCUGAAGAUAGUUCAAAGAAUGUAUUUUUAUCAUUAUUACGGGUGUAUUUACGUCCAGCAAACGGUGAGGAAAUUAUGAUCGAACCUGCACUACGACUUUUGUCGCGUCACGGGUCACAUGUGAAUGCAUCCGAGGUUUUAAAUAUACUUCCAUCUUCAACAAAAGUGACACAAUUAUAUUCAUUCUUUGAAAAGUACAUCCGAGAAAGUAAUAGAAACAGAAAUAUGAGCAUGAUUGUAAAAAAUUUGCUUAAGGCUAAUCAACAUCAGGCCGAAGAACAAUUAAUGUUAUAUCGAUCACGAAGAGUCAGAAUUGAUGAGGAUCGGAUGUGUCCUCAAUGUACUCGACGUAUAGGCCACAGUGGAGUUUUUGCCGUUUUUCCUAAUGGAAUAGUUGUACAUUAUCAUUGCAAAGAGAAGUAUUCACAAGCACAUGAUACGGCAAUAUGA